UUCUGGCUGUCGGGUUGAGGUGGCGAAAGCGUUGAUUAAUCUUCAUUGUUCAUCCGAAGGUACGAUGAAACGCCGGAGGAUUCAGAGCCUCGUCAAGACUGGGGCCAGGCCUACGGACCUUCCGAAGCCGCCCGUGCCGAAGGGGGCUGCUUCGACAGCCGAUGUUUUGAAGGACUCGGCUCCGGCGCCGAAGGACGCACCGCCUGUUCUUGCUGUGAACAUCGAGGAGGGGGAGAUCUUGGUCGGUGAGACGCUGAUGGCGCUCAGGGGUGGAGAGGCUCGUGGAGGUUCCUCUGUUCCUCCUUCGGACAAAGAGGUGGAGGCUUUGGAGGGGAUGACCUUCGACGAGUCUGCUGUAUCGGCGUCGAUGCAGCAGCUCUUGGCCGUGAUGCAUGGUCCUGGCGCUACUGGGAUUCUCCCUCCCGAAAAAGGAUGUAAUGCAGCCGUUGCAGAGGCGUCUACCUCCGACGCUGCUUUCAUCGUAGCUGAGCUGAGCAAGAAGCUUGCCCACGCCAGCCGAGCUUUGAUGCAGAAGGCCAAAGCGGAUGCUGACCUUCGGGCGGCGAGUGCCGCCGAAAGACUGGGUUUGACUGACAAGCUCCGGCAGGCUGAGGCUGAAAUUCUCGUUCUGAAGGACGAGAACCAGCAACUGAAAGCCAGGUGUUCGAGGCUAGAGUCUGUUGCUUCAGAUAACGAGAAGGUUCUGGAGAGCCUUCGAAGGACCGUGGAGGGGGAUGCAAACGAGAAAGCUGAACUUAAGAGUAGGAUCUCCGAGCUGGAGUGGGUUCUUGCUAAAUUGACUGAACUCGAGUGGGUUUUACCCGAGGUUGCCAGACGAGCUGAAGGGGUUUACCAGGAGUACAAGAAGGCUCUUUCUGCCCUUGGCGCGGAGCCUUUGCCCUUGCCUGAGCCAGUCGAAGGUCCUCAAGUUUUCUUCCUACUUUUGGAUUGGCUGCUGUCCGAGUUUGAAGGCCUCGGUGAGGUGAUGAGCAUUGCUAAUGACAACGCGGCCUCUGUCUCCUUCGAGGGACUUGUUUGAAAUCUUCUUCGUGCCGGCGCAGUUGACCUUGCCCGACUCGAUGAUUUUCAGUAUGUACCCUACGAAGGUUUGGCAGCGGAGGUGGGAAGAAUUCAAGAGGUGAAGGCUGCGUUUUUUUGAGCGUUUUUGGGAAUCUUCUGGCAAAGUUGUCGUUCGGACUCUGGCUGCCGCAGCUGCUGGGGUAGGGAGGCGACUCCUGAUCGGCCUUCGGGGAUCGACGGGACACCCGAGGACAGCAGGACUCCUUCAAGACGCGAUGGGAACGUAUCGCCGAGGGCUCAGGUCUAAAGAUUGGCUUGUGGGGAAUUGUUUUGAGGACUUGGAAAUUUUUGUAAAUAUUCCCAUACUGCAGGAUGCAAACAGUGCUAGGGUGUUGAUGAGCUGGGAGGCUUUCAGCCUUGCUCAUCCUGGAUGCAGCGUUGCAGAGUACUUAUGCUGGUCCGGUCGUGAUUCGUUGUAACUUUUGUUUUGUUGUCUGAACGCUAGCUUCGCGAAGCUUUUCAAAGUGUAUAAUAUUCAUUCUGUGCGUAUCCUUCGAUUUGUCCUUCUGGAAGCAAUCUUUGAGAUGUUUUGUUCUUA